GCGUUCCGCGUCGCUGCGGGGCCACCCACGCGGGGCUCGCCGACGCCAGCCGCAGCGCCGCCCCGCACUCCUGAGCUGCGGCGGGCGAGCGUCGGCGGCCUGCCCGCGGCCGGAGAACGCGGAGAGCGGAGGCAGAGGCGGGCCCAGGCCUUCGGCCGGGUGGCCCGGGCAAGGCGGGCGAGGCGGGCGAGGCGCGCCCGUCGUCCGCCAUCCGGGGCGCACGCGGCCCUCGCGGGACCCCGCCGGCGACCCGUAGCUCGGGCGCGCGCCUGUCGCAGCCCGGAGGAAGGAGGGGUCCGGCCUGAGGCCCGGGGCGGCGGCCGCCAUGGAGAUCCCCUCGGCCCAGGGCCGGCGCCUGGGGCCUCGGGGGCGGCCCUGACCGCCCUCCUCCGCGGCCCGGCUGGGUGGCGGACGUGCCCGCUGCGGCACUCGGCCGCCUCUGCGUCUCCGCCCUCCCCGGGCCGCGCUGCUGCCUGGGCGCGGCGGCGGCGGCGGCGGCGGCGCCCUGUUGAAUGGGCUGUGAGGGCCCAGGUUUGAAGUGCUCGGCGGACGCGGCCUCCGGGGGCGCAAGGCAGCAGCCGCGGUGGCGACCAAACGGGUGUUGGAGUUGGCGGCGGCCAUGGAGGGCCUGGCUGGCUAUGUGUACAAGGCGGCCAGCGAGGGCAAGGUGCUGACUCUGGCCGCCCUGCUCCUCAACCGGUCUGAAAGCGACAUCCGCUAUCUGCUUGGCUAUGUGAGCCAGCAGGGAGGGCAGCGCUCCACGCCCCUCAUCAUCGCAGCCCGCAACGGGCACGCCAAGGUGGUGCGCUUGCUGUUGGAACAUUACCGGGUGCAGACCCAACAGACCGGCACCGUCCGCUUCGACGGGUAUGUCAUCGAUGGCGCCACUGCUCUUUGGUGUGCCGCGGGAGCUGGACACUUUGAAGUUGUUAAGCUUCUAGUCAGCCACGGAGCCAACGUGAACCAUACCACCGUCACUAAUUCGACCCCACUACGGGCAGCAUGCUUUGACGGCAGACUGGAUAUUGUGAAAUACUUAGUUGAAAAUAAUGCCAACAUCAGCAUUGCCAACAAGUAUGACAACACCUGCCUAAUGAUUGCAGCAUACAAGGGACACACUGAUGUGGUCAGAUACCUUUUAGAACAACGUGCUGAUCCCAAUGCUAAAGCACACUGUGGAGCCACAGCACUGCACUUUGCGGCUGAAGCCGGGCACAUAGAUAUCGUGAAAGAGCUGAUAAAAUGGCGCGCCGCAAUCGUUGUGAACGGCCACGGGAUGACGCCCCUGAAGGUGGCUGCUGAGAGCUGUAAGGCUGAUGUUGUUGAACUGUUACUCUCUCAUGCUGAUUGUGACCGAAGAAGUCGCAUUGAAGCUUUGGAACUCCUGGGUGCCUCCUUUGCAAAUGACCGUGAGAACUAUGAUAUCAUGAAGACAUACCACUAUUUGUACUUAGCCAUGUUGGAGAGGUUUCAAGAUGGUGAUAACAUCCUUGAAAAAGAGGUUCUGCCACCAAUCCAUGCGUACGGGAAUAGAACUGAAUGUAGAAAUCCUCAGGAACUGGAAGCCAUUCGGCAAGACCGAGAUGCUCUUCACAUGGAAGGCCUUAUAGUUCGGGAGCGGAUUUUAGGGGCUGACAACAUCGAUGUUUCCCACCCCAUCAUUUACAGGGGGGCUGUCUACGCGGACAACAUGGAAUUUGAACAGUGUAUCAAGUUGUGGCUGCACGCCCUGCACCUCAGGCAGAAGGGUAACAGGAAUACUCACAAGGAUCUUCUUCGAUUCGCUCAAGUUUUCUCACAGAUGAUCCAUCUGAAUGAAACUGUGAAGGCCCCGGACAUAGAAUGUGUUUUGAGAUGCAGUGUUUUGGAAAUAGAACAGAGUAUGAACAGAGUGAAAAAUGUUACAGAUGCUGAUGUACACAACGCCAUGGACAAUUACGAAUGUAAUCUCUAUACCUUUCUGUAUUUAGUGUGCAUCUCCACCAAAACACAGUGCAGCGAAGAAGAUCAGUGCAAAAUUAACAAGCAGAUAUACAACCUGAUCCACCUCGACCCCAGAACUCGGGAAGGUUUCACCUUGCUGCAUCUCGCGGUCAACUCCAACACGCCAGUCGACGAUUUCCACACCAAUGACGUCUGCAGCUUUCCCAACGCGCUGGUCACCAAGCUCCUGCUGGACUGUGGUGCCGAGGUGAACGCUGUGGACAACGAGGGCAACAGUGCACUGCAUAUCAUUGUUCAGUACAACAGGCCCAUCAGUGACUUCUUGACCUUGCACUCUAUCAUCAUCAGCCUGGUUGAAGCUGGCGCUCACACUGACAUGACGAACAAACAGAAUAAGACUCCGCUCGACAAAAGCACAACUGGGGUCUCAGAAAUACUACUUAAAACUCAAAUGAAGAUGAGUCUCAAGUGCCUGGCUGCCCGAGCAGUUCGGGCUAAUGACAUUAACUACCAAGACCAGAUCCCCAGAACUCUUGAAGAGUUUGUUGGAUUUCAUUAAGUGACUGGAUAUGUAAAAUCGUUUAAUGUGGUGCUAAAAAGUAAAGGACUUUAAUCACAGACAAUAGAAUUAUGUGUUCAUAAAUUCUGCUUUUCUUUCCACUACCCUUCCUCCCAACCCAGCCUCCCUUAGUUCUGUGUUUGUUCCUGCCUGUUAUGGGAAUCGAUUUCAAACACACUUUAGACAAAGCCACAUUGUUUAGGUGUAAUUAGAGUUUGAGGUAUUUGGAACGUUGAUCACCUAACAAUUUCUCCUUUUUUUUUCCUCUUUAAAGGAACGAAUAUGAAAUAUUUUGUUUAUAUAGUAGGGGACAUUUAUGAUUUCAAGUUGAUGAUGUUUAAACAGCUGCCUACAGCAGUGUUUCUGUUAAGCCCAUGUCAGCGUGUUUUCCACGCCGCAAUUUGGAGGAUUUCAUGAAGAAGAGGAACUACAAAGGAACAUGGAAAGUGGUGGGAUAUUCAGGUGUUCUGCCCAUGCCAAGCUGCUGCGGAUAGCUGUCACUCUUCAUUUCUUCUGUGGAGUGCUGCAACACACAUUAACAUCAGGAGGAUUUAAAAAACAGCUGCAGAUGAAUCUGAAUGUGCUACUUCACUAACAACACUUGGCAAAUGUCUCAAGUUAAAUCCUUUGAAAUUGUUGCAUAAUUGUGGAUACUAUAGACAAAGUGGUAGUAAUCUUAAAACCAGUUUUUCAAAGAAUACUGAUGAACUCUUUGCCUUUAGGCGCAAAUUCUUCAAAGCCUGUUUUAAUGAAAUUUAUCUAAAUUGCAGCAGUCUGCAUUUGAUUCAUUUUAUGGAUGUGUAAAAAUUAUGAAUUCUGUGUUUUCUUAUGAAACAAGUUGUCACAAUAUAGUUACACAUUCUAUUUUUGUCCCCUUCUCCCUUCCCUCUCGUGUUGUUUCUUCCACAAAAUGGAAAGCUACUUUUCCAGAGGGCAUUAUUUGUGCCUCCCUAAUAAGGUGUUUGUGACAGAUGAAAAAGAACCAGGAUAUUUUUGAAUUUUUCCUUUCUUAGUCUGUGACAAGAAGUAGAAAAAUUAUUGAUGUGGUCCAGGAAAUAGAACGUUUUUGAGGAUGAAAAUAAUUCUCAAUUCCACUUGAAAGGUAUUUUUUGUCAGAACUACAAAUUUUUCAGCCACAAAAUGUUGCUUAUUCUGACAGCUCUACAGGAGUCUUUAUGCAUUUUUGUUUGGUUUGGUUUUAAUGGCAACAUUUUAACUGUCAGAUAAAGUAUUCUGUGGUUAUCUUUUAAGCAUCACAGAAAUUCAAGUAAAGGAUACACAUCUCUUUCUAUUGAUACUAAAAACGAUAAAGUAAAAUCAGCCGUAUCUGUAAUUUUCUCUCUAGUGCCAAAUGAAUGCCUUCGCUACUCAUAGUGCAUGGUACUGUAAGUGAAGAUCUGCAGCUUUCUUUUUUCCUUAACAAAAAGCAUUAUAACGACGUGGCUACAUCAGAUACGCUUAGACAAACCCGUAAGGUUUCAAUCAACAUUUUAUGUGCAGAUGUUGCUUUGUAAAAUACAAGAGAAAGGUUGCAGUUAGAGCAGUGUCAAACAAUGACCAAGCCAAAAUCAGCACCUAGGGCCUUAAAUAAGAGAUGCCCCACGAAAAGAGAUACUUUGAAGGGUGGGAGGAGAUGGAAAGGGAGGUUUAAACACUUUUUCCCUCCGGGAAGCAUGAUACUUCUACAGCUCUAUUAACACUUUGACUGUCUUCUUGCUUCAGUUAGGAAUGCUUUGAUGGUCAAUUCUGCCCUGUUGAUAGAUACGUGAUUUCCUAACAUGAGAUUUUUUAAAGAGGCUUUUUUAGGAUGGCUUAAAGGAAGGCAUUUGAGCCCUAAUUUGAGAAUUACCCAACCUUGAUCCUGCUAGUGUGAGUCAGGGAGAUCCUGUGGCCUGAAGGAGAAAAUGCGUUUUUCCUUAAGGCGAGUGAAUCAUGCCUUUUCCAUGGCUCGGACCUUCACAGUGCAAGGCCUGCUUGUUGGACAGUCUGGGGAAUGGCUAUGAUACUUGGUAUUCAGUUGGCUCCAUUAUUGGUGUGUAUGAUUUUUAAACACUUGAAAUAUCAGAUAAUGUUGCAUGUUUUAAAAACACAUUUCAUCCCUUCGGCUUCCCAGGACCAGCACUAUUUAAGACAUUAGUUACAAAAUAAAGAUACCGACUAUGUACAUAUUCAGACAUCAAAAUUUAAUGUCCCUCAGUGUUGUGGAGGAGGGAAGACUGUGCUGGAGAAGGUAAAACCGUGCUGAUUGGAAGCUGACAAAGAUGGAGAAAGAAUCGAAGAGGGUAAUGACAUAUGAACUGUGCUAAUGGUAACUAGAUUUUUUUUUAAACUGUAGUAUAGUAGUACAUUGUGCGCUCUCUCGCUGGGGAUCUAAUUCUGUCUUGUAAAACCGAUGUGUGUUGUGAAACACCUGUAUAAAAGCAUUCUUGAAACAAGUGAUCUACAUGCCUGUUUUUUAAAAAUUUUUGGUAGAAUUAUUUAAAAGUAUGUUUCGCCAAACCCCUCCCAAACUUAGUAUUUUUUUUGUUUGUUUGCUGUUUUAAAAGGAAAAUAGAUAAGAAAGGUUAUAGUUUUACACCUCAGCUCACUACGAACUCUAGGCUGACUCCACUGUGCAGCCACUGUUGUCAUUUGACUUCUAUUAUUGGUAGAAAUCUGCUUUGAACUGUAACUCUUCCUGGAGAGCAUUACAGAUUCGUUCAGAACCUCUCUGUUCUGCUUGAUACGUGAUUUCUUCUACGUCCUAUAGAUCUGGAUGAGCUAGAGACCUGGGUGGACGCUUUAUAUUGGCCAGCCCUGACUUAAGUGGGCUUCAUACUUGCAGUAGAAUUGGUGAAAUUGAACUCUGGAGUUAAAAUAACUAAUUCAAGGAGUGUGCAACAAAUUCACCCCUUUCACUGAUGCAGAAGGGGGACAUUUUCACUAAGAACCGAUGCUGACAACCUGAGUUUAUUUGGUCUACCCUGGACUGCUCUAGUGGGGCCACAGCCCACCCACCUUUGCUGUGGGAACCUUUAAUAGACUAGCUAAAAAGUGGAUUAUCUGUAGGCCUUUUUCCUGAGAAGGGUUCGUUUUAUGUACUAAUAGUUAAUGGUGGCUAACAGUGAGCCUGUAGCGAGGUGUAACAGCAUUGUUUGAUGUGAAGUCAGAUUUGAAGGCAGCAGCUCCCUCAUGCUGACUGUUUGACGAGUGUUUUUGAAAAUCAACAUUUCCAGGGAGCAACACCCUAUUAGGGUUCCUACCACAGUUGAGGCAGCUACUUUCUGAAUAAGACCACUCUGGGUAACUCAAUGAGAAGCAUUUUUGGGGUGGGGUGGGGUGGGGUGCGCAAUUUGAGUUGCCGUACCUUGGAUUAAGUACUAUUGGCUGGUUUAGAAGCGGCUGGCAGUUGAACCAGUGAGUAGGUGAAAGAAAGUGCAGUGGGCUUGUUUUCAUGGUCGAUUUUCUGUAAAAACCUUAACUGUUCCACUUCAGACUAGCCAGGCUUCUGCUUUCCUCACUGAUUCUACUCUAACUUUGAAAGGGGUUAAAGAAAGCAAAAGUCUGCCUUUCUCUCUGAGAAGUUUUUAGUCCAGGAGAUUGUAAGCUGUGUGUCCAUUGCUUCUCUCAAGAUGCACAGCCGUGUCCUGGAUAGCUUCUCUUGAAAGGAGAAGGCGCCUCGCAGUGUCUGUCCCAUGGCAGGGUUCUCGCAGACUUGCCCAGAUCUUCUCACGGGCUGGCUCGUACAGAUCCCCUCCCCUGAAUGCAGGGUCUGACAUAAAUCCUUCAUUGAUAGUGGUGAUGUAUUAGUUUUUAAAACUGUAAAAUAAAUGUGGUCUCUAGUCCUAGGUUUGUGGUGUGUCCUUUUGUGUUACUGUGUAGGGGAGGGGCAGUGACUUGGUGGCAACGGGGCGUGUGUCUUGCUUUGUGUGCAGGGGCGAGCAUUGCUGAAGUACUAACAGCCUUUCAUUUAGGAGUGAGUCAUGGCAUGAGCGGCCUAACCAGAAAAAUGACAGGGUGAAGACACAAGCUUGCCGAGUUGGUGACGUGAACCAGGUUCUGUAUCUGUUUUUUAUCAGGUGUUGUAAAAUUGUGCAUGGCCUUUUUUCUUGUUGCUUAAUAAUUGGGAGAGGGAAAAAAAAAAAACCCUCCACUUUCCUAACCAAUCUUCGCAGAGGCACAUCGUUGGGGAGUAAAGUCUGCCUGGCCUAAACUAUUGGAGAGAUCUGUCCUUGAAUACGCACCCUCCCUGUAGUCCUCGGUGUGGGGGAGUCGCCUUGUUGUAUUCUAGUAAUCCACUGUGCAUUAGAACAAACCAAUGAUGUCAUUCGAUUGUGUACUUUUGUCAAAUCAUUUAUGUGACUUUAAUAAAAUAGUGAACUUGCUGACUGCA